UGUUUCAGAAUGCUUCAACCUAUAAUAACAACAUUUCAUUCAGUUCUCUUAAUUUUUAAGAAAGUUAGGGGCUUUUGACUGUUCUCGAUCACAGCUUUUGUGUUAAGUCGAUGGAAAAGCAAUGGGGAACGAGAUGCUAAUUUCCGAGUAUGAAAAUGACCAUAACUUUUUUAAUACUGAAGAUAUGAAAGUGAAUUAUGUAUCACAUUAUAUUUAUUUUUAUGAUUUAUCUGAUGGGAUAAAUUGCAGACUUGAUUUUUAAAAUCUUAAAAUUUUGUAACAUUCCUAGAUAGAUUCUUGAUUAGUACAGGUGUCAGGGGAUAUGGGGAGCAGGCAGGAGAAAGGGGUUGAGUGAGAAAGAUAGAUCAGCCAUGAUUGAAUGACGUAGGAGACUAUAUGGGCCGAAUGUUCUAAUUCUGCUCCUAUCACAUCACCUACGAGCUUUCUAAAGCUACGUCCUUCUAUUCUGAGGCUGUGGCCUCUGGUCCUAGAUUCUCCCACCAGUCGAAAUAUCCACUCUAUCCCCUCUUUACUGUGUUCUAACCUAUAAAGAGGUUUGUCCAUUUUCCGUUAUCAGCAUUGCCAAUUCUCUGUUCUCUAGGAUGAGAGAGCUGUUUUAUACGUGUCAGUAUUUCGGUUGGAAUUUAAGAUAUUUGCACUUUUAAAAAUAAAUGCAUAAACUCACACAUGCACGAGUGGUUAAAUUAACGUUGUGACAAUGUGCUUUCAAUUGCAGUUUGAUAAUGAGCGAAGGAUAAUUCCUGUGAACCUUAUCUAUACUAAUGAUGCCAAAAAUAUUAUUGACAAUCCAAACAAUAUCACAGUUUAUAGUUGUGAUGACCGGAAGGCAGACUGUGUUUUCUGUACGCCACAAAAAAGUUGCACGGAUUCGAUCGUUACGUCUAUAAAUCCAGACCGCGUGGCCUCAUCAGAGAAGAACACAUUGAGCAUUGUUGGGGAAAGGCUAAAUGUUGGAUCGAGAGCUUCACUGCAGAUCCAUGGGAUGGCCGACCACAGUGCAGACAUAUCAAACGAUUGCACGAUUGUGAACAGCACUUUGGUGAAAUGUGUAUUACCAAAGGCAAUCCAUGGCAAGAAAACUGUGUGCUUGUUAUAUGAUUCUGAAGAGGACUGUGCGGCCAACAGAACUGCUUUCCUGGAGUAUGUCACCAACAUCCGUGUGACUGAGAUUCACCCAGCAGUAUCCUGGCUUGAUGGAGGACGAAGAAUGACAAUAAGUGGCAAAAAUUUUGAUGUGGUUAAACAGAUGCAGAUAUCAUUAUCUGAAGGUCGCAGGUCAUGGAUUAAUUGUUCAGCUGAUCAAGGGACCUGGACCUGUGAAUCUCCAUUUAUGCAAACUGGGAUUCCAGGCAACUACUCUGUAUUUUUUCGCCUCUGUGGAUCUGAGCAGCAAGUCAAUAUGAUAUACCACGAGAAUCCUAUAUUUUACAACUUCACAAAGGUUAUUUACGAAAAUCAACUCCUGAUAACAGUGAUGCGAAAGAAAGAUAGUUUAGAUCUUUCUAAAAGUGACGUUAAGAUCUUCGUUCCCAGGGGUGCAGACGGUCCGUUGGAAUGUAACAUUACAGCAGUGAUGGCCAACAAAAUAAAAUGUGUAUUAAACACAAAUGACAUUUCAAUAUCAGAAUUAGAGGUGAGAAUUGGACAAUGCAUUAGGAAUCUAAUGGUUCCAUCUAUCAACAAAUCCAAUUUAAUUCUAUUACUUGUGAGCCUUGUUAUUCUGGUGAUUUUCAUUGUCAUAUGUUGGUGGGUAUUGCGUACGAAAUACAAGCAAUUCUCUAAAAAACUGGAUCCCCAAAUGGAGCUCUUGGAAAGUCAAUUCCGGACACAAAUUUGAUAAGAAGGCGAAGGUGAAGAUGGAAGAAUCACUGAGGAAGUCUGAAUGCGAAUAUAUAAUGCAUGCUAUUUUUUGUUUUUGAUAUAUGUUAAGCCUUUAUGGCUACUUUUUUGGUACCCAGACGUGGCGCCGACAGACAAGAAGCCGAAGCAAAGAAGGCGAAGCCAAAUGGAAUGGAAUGGAAACGAGGCCGCAACGCCAACAAUCAGAAAGAGUCCGAAGGCGAAACGCCUACUAACCGAAAGGACGGGAUGCCUAAAAGCCAACGAACCGAAAAGCUGCGUCGCCUAAAAGAAAACUUACCGAAUGGCCGCUCUGUCGAAACGCCACCUACCCGAAAGGCGGCGUCGCCCACAAGCCAAAGGACCGACUGCCGCUCAACAGAAAAGUCCAACAACGGACAUGAGGUUGCCGGGGGGCGUGACUUGUCAGCAAUUGGUCCAGACCCCCGCGUCCAUCACAUCACUGUCAAGGCAUGAACAUUGUCCCAAACCUCCGCUCCACCCGACCCGCAGCCCGCGGAGGGUGGCCGUGGGAGAGUGGGGGAUGUCCCGAGAGAUGCGCACCUUCGGCCGCUUUCAACUUGUUGCUUGGGUUCAGAUUGCCCAGUCACCUAUGGCUUGUGUGGGAAAAUGAACCCCACGCUCCCUCUUCUCUCUCUCUCUCCCAUUCUCUCUCUCCCUUCUCUCUCUCCUCUCUCUCCCCUCGUCUCUCUCUACUCUUCUCUCUCCAACUCCUCUCCCCCUCUCUCUCUCUCCCUCUCUCUCUCUCCCCCCUUCUCUCUCUCCCUUAUCUCUCCCUUCUCUCUCCCCCCCUUCUCUCUGUCUCUCCCUUCUCUCUCUUCCCCUUCUCUCUCUCCCCCCUCUCUCCCUUCUCUCUCUCCCCUUUUCUCCCCCUUCUCUCUCCUCCGUCUCCACCCGCAGGAACGUCCCACAAACACUGACCGCGAUGCACUGCCAUCGGACCCCAACCCCCACACCAAGGUGAUUCACCCCCACGGCGGGGACAGACGUUUAUUUAUUACCGUCUCGGUCCUUGCGGAACGCUCCCACGCGCAAAACAGGCAGCAUCUCUGGAGAGAAGGAAUGGGUGACGUUUCAUGCCGAGACCGUUCUUCAGAGUGUGUCUGAAAGGUCUCUACCUGAAACGCUUCUCUCGCAUGCUCGUGGGACAGGCCCUUUAGUUUGCUUUUAGGCAAUGCAGCUUUUCAGUUCGUUGGCUUUUAGGCGUCCCAUCCUUUUGGUUAGUAGGCGUUUCAUCUUCGUAAUCUUUCGGUUUAUUGGCGUUUUGGUCUCGCUUCCAAUCGGUUCUUAGGCUUCGACUUCUUUGCUUCGGCCUCUCGUCCGUCGGCGCCACAUCUGCACAAGACUUUUUUGAUGUAUUUUUGUAAUUGCCUCAUUAUAUAUUCAGAACAAUUAGGGGCCGGUAUGUAAUAGCCAUUCAGCUUAACUCAUUGUGCUUUAACUAUAAUCAGUUACCUUUAAAUUUUAUCUGCCUGUAAUUAUGUUGGUGGGAUGUAUUACGUGGUCGGAGGCGUGUUUGUGGCUGGGAUUUUCAGGCAGACGCGCCAGUGAUUUUUAGUUUUAGUUUUUAAGAAGCAUGGAAAGGCACAGCUUUUGACCAUGCACGAGUUUGACUACGAGUAAGAUCAAAAUGUACUUAAACAAGAAGGAGUUUGGAUGAAUAUCUUACUGUUUUUACUUUGACAAUAAAGAAAC